AUGACUGCCACUGACACGAUGCCUGGCCGCACACACCAUGGACCUCAGCAAAUGAGGCCCAAACCUCAGGCCAAGGCAUUUUCACCUCGGGCUUCCCAUUCUCCAGCUCUUCUGUUGUCAGCCACUCCUCAUGCUCCAUCGUGGAUUUCCAUUACUCUGGCUCUGCCUUUUUCAUCCACACCGCUGAUUCCACCUUGGGCUUCUCUUCUACAAUCUUCUUCUUUGGGGUCUACAGCUACGCUGUGGUUUUCUCCUCCUGCAGCUCUGCCAGUCUCUUCUCUGCCAGCUGAUCUACUUGAUGUUCAGAAGGCCUGCUCAGGCUCGGUUGCUUCUGUCUUCUCCUCUUUGGCUUUAUGCCCCACUGAACUGAUUAAAUGUCAGCUGCAGGCCAUGCAUGAAAUGGAGGCAUCUGGCAAGAUCGCCAGCGAACAGAAAAGCACAGUGUGGUCUGUUGUGAGAAAUGUGCUACGGACAAAUGGUCCUCUGGGUUUCUAUCAGGGUCUCACCACCCCUAUAGUCCGUGAGGUACCUGGAUACUUCUGUUUCUUUGGAGGAUAUCAACUCAGCCUCUCAAUGUUUGCCAACCACAUGGGCAGAGACAAAGAGCACAUAGCUGUUUUGCCAUUGAUGUUCAGCGAUGGUUUUGGCGGUGCCUGUCUGUGGUUGGUUGUGUACCCCAUAGACUGUGUGAAGUCUUGCAUCCAGGUUCAGUCUUUAGCCGGGAAACAGGAAGGCUUCCUCAAGACUCUUAUGGGGAUUUUACGAAAUGAGGGAGUGGCACCUCUGUAUUCAGGUCUGACCCCAACUAUGAUCCGAACAUUUCCUGCCAAUGUAAAAUCUUCAUUCUUCCAGGAAGUAGCGCUAUAA